AUGGCGGUGGAUGCUGCGUAUCUGAUGCAGUUCGUGGACGAGACAUCGUUUUACAAUCGGAUUGUUCUGAGCCACCUCUUGCCGUCGAAUCUGUGGGACCCAUUACCGCAUUUCAUCCAGACAUGGCUCCGGAACUACCUCGCCGGAACCCUACUUUACUUCGUCUCCGGCUUCCUCUGGUGCUUCUACAUCUAUUACCUCAAACUCAACGUUUAUCUCCCCAAAGAUGCUAUUCCGACAAGAAAGGCCAUGCUUUUGCAAAUAUAUGUGGCAAUGAAGGCGAUGCCUUGGUACACUCUGCUUCCAACUGUUUCCGAGUAUAUGAUCGAAAGUGGUUGGACCAGAUGUUACUCUAGAAUAGGCGAAGUCAGCUGGAUCCUUUAUUUUGUUUCUAUAGCGACCUAUCUUGUUUUAGUUGAGUUUGGUAUCUACUGGAUGCACAGAGAGCUUCAUGACAUUAAGCCUCUCUAUAAGUAUCUCCAUGCCACCCAUCAUAUCUACAACAAGCAGAACACACUUUCUCCCUUUGCCGGGCUUGCGUUUCACCCACUAGACGGGAUACUUCAGGCUGUACCGCAUGUGGUUGCUUUGUUUAUAGUGCCGAUUCAUUUCACAACCCAUCUAGGUCUUUUGUUCAUGGAAGCCAUAUGGACAGCGAACAUCCAUGACUGCAUCCACGGUAACAUUUGGCCUGUGAUGGGUGCAGGGUACCAUACGAUACACCACACUACUUACAAGCAUAACUAUGGUCACUAUACCAUAUGGAUGGAUUGGAUGUUUGGCUCUCUUAGGGACCCUCUCUUAGAAGAAGUUGACAACAAUAAUGACAGUUCCAAGAAAGCAGAGUGAGAAUGCCCCGUUUUUGUUAUGUCUUGUGUUUUGCUUGUUUGUUCAAAGUUUCUCAAACUUUUUAUUUAUUUUUCACGUGUCUCUCUGAACCUUUUCAGUUAUUUUGUUUAGAAACAUUGACUGUACAUUUGCUGUCUAGUUUAAUUCAGGUAAAUGUUUGGUCUUCCCAA